GCGUUGAAUGGACGCACUUGCUGGGGUCUCCUAUAUAAACCGGCCGCGGCCUUCAGAAACUUCCACACCAACGGUGAAGUUUCGUACUUCGAUACAAAGGAGACUUUUGGGUGUUGGUUAACAUGUCGGCAGAUUUCUCUACAGAGCGUCCUCUGUUCGGCGGCGCUAUAGUUAGCACAUUUCCUCUUAGAUUCCAGGAUGUGAGCAACGUUCGACAAGUUCCUGAUCAUCAGGAAGUGUUUGUGGAUCCAUCUCGGGAUGAAAGCUUGAUCUUUGAGCUUCUAGAUUUUAAGCAUGAUGUUGGUGACAAUGGAAGUGCUGUUUGGUUCCUUCAAGACCUUGCCACUGAGCAGGAUGCUGAGGGAAGCAUGGUGAUUGAGCAAUCUGGGGUGAUCGAGGCACCUGGACUGUGUUAUGGAAAUAUACCUACUGUAGCUACAACUGCCGUUGGCCAAAUGGCAAUUUCAAAGGGCCGGCAAGGAAGAGAAGCUCAAAAUAUUGUCAGGGUUUAUUUGGCAAAUCUACGUCUCAAGGGAGUUGGUACAGAUGUGCUAAUCUCUGCAUAUGAACCCAUUGUCAUAAAUCCUUUGAGCGAAAGUGCUAGCUCUGUCGGCUCUGGUUUGGCCACUCCUGCCUCACACUCAGGUUACAUUCCAAUGCCUGAGGUAUUCAAGCUUGCAGUCUCUAGCUUUAAAGUAUGUGACUGGAGCCUUUUCGGUGCGCCUGCCUAACCUAGGAGAUAGGAUCAGCGUUUGUUCAUUGUUAUUUCAUUAGUAUGUUAUGUUACAUUGGCAAUGUUCCCUGCUGCUCUCUUGAGUCGGAAAUUGUUUGUAGAGGUUGUAGAGCUGUUCGUUGUUGUUGGGUCUUGAUUUUCAAUCUACGGAAAAGUUGAAGAUAUGAAGUAAUAGCAUAUGUGAAUGGUAGAAGUGCCCUUUAAGGUGGACAAAAUAGAACAAGCAUUAGCUGUUUGUAGUAGGACCCCAUAUUUUUGAAUCAGUCAAUCACGUGGCAAACAAAAGGUUUGAAUAUUAAACCGUGACUGACUGGCCAUAUUAUGUAGUCUAGUUUGUGUUUUCACACAUGCAAUGGUGACCUUUUCUUGGGGGAAAAAAAAGAAAGAAAUUAUUGGUGGACGUUUUACAUCAAA